GGUUGCGGCGGUACCGGUUUCCGGAAACACGUCACGGGCACGGGCCUGGCUCCUCCUGAGUCUCGCCCGUUCGGAACUUCGUUUCCAAACCCAACCCAACCCAACUAAGCACGGGGGGCGGAGAGUCGCCGGGGCCUGCAGGGGGAGGGGGCCGGCAUUUGUUCCUUGCCAGAGAGAUUGACCACAAAGAGUCGCCAAGAUAGCUGGCUCGGGAAGAAAGCGCCGCACCCCUGACCCAGAGUCUGUCACCGACCCCGGUGGGCUGUUUGUCUCUUCCAAACGGCUGAAAAUGUCCAGCAGUGCCAGUGUCCCUGGUCAGAGGAGAACAGCUCGGGGAAUGGACGAUGCAACUAAUAAGAAGAAGCAAAAGGAUCGGGCCAAUCAAGAAAGUAAGGAAGGCGAGAAACCAGCUGGCAGUGACUCAAAGAAAGGUACAGAUUUAAGCCAGCCUUUUGCUAGCCUGAAUCUGGUAGAGCCCCUUUGGCACAGAGAGUCUGUGGAGGACCUGCAGCUGGAGUGGAAGCAGAAUGCUGAUGAGGUUAUUGUGAAACUGAAUUUGGGCAGCAGGAACCCAAAAGUGGAAGAAGUGGAUUCGUCUUUCACAGACACCAGUUGUGUCAUCAAGUUACCUGAUGGCCGUCAGUGGAGCUGUGAAUUUUAUGAGGAGAUAGAAAGUUCCUGCACCAAAGUCCAGUUCAAGAAAAGCAAUAUCUUGCAGUUGGUGCUGCCAAAGAAGAUCCCUUUGCACAACUGGGCUUCGCUUUCGAAACGCUACAAAGACAGUUCAAGAGAACAUCCAAAGAGAAUGGCAUGUAAGGAGAAUGGCAAAGAGAAGGCCCUUUCUGCUGGGGAAAUUUCUGAAGAACCCCAACUUGACAGUACUGUGGAGCUAAUCAAAAGCAAACGAGACCCUUCUAACCCAAAGCGAAUUUUGGGGAAAAAUGACACUGUAGGAGGGAGGAACCCUAUCCACCCAGGACUGCCAACUGGAUCUGGUACCAAGGCAGCGUGUAUCAAAGCCAGCUUGUCUGAGGAGGAAAGGAACAGCAGAAGCAUGGGGAACGCUGGGCUAUCUGGAGAAAUUGACAGUCAAAGGACUGAUCGGGUUGCUGAGGGGGCUGCCCAGUUGGACCUAAAGAUUGAGGUUCAGGAGAGGGAAUCGGGAUGCAUGGAAAUGCAGCAGCCUGUGGCCCUUCCUCCAGAUGCCUUGCCCAGUCAGCUUGGCCCCUCUCCAGAGAAGAGACUCCCUCAACCAACCAGUUCCUUUGAAGCCUCUCAGGGGGGAGACCCUGCACCUGCCUUCAGGGAGGGCCUCCCCUCCUCUUUGCAACCCAGAGAUCCUGAAACGAGAGUCUGGUCCAAGGACAGUGACGCUUUAGAGGCCGUUAGUAUUGAACCAGAGCCCACUGUGAAUCUGACCUUUGUGAAGAAUGACUCCUAUGAGAAAGGAAACGAUUCUAUGGUAGUACAUGUUUACGUAAAGGAGAUUCACAGGGAGAUGUCCAGUGUACACUUUCGGGAGCAAGAUUUUACCCUCAUGUUCCAAACAAGUGAUGUCAACUUCCUUCGACUUCACCAAGGCUGCAGCGCUCAGUCAGUAUUCAGGUGGCAAGUCAAACUCAGGAACCUUAUAGAGCCAGAUCAAUGUACAUACAAUUUCACUGCAGCCCGGAUUAACAUCUGUUUGAAGAAACGACACAGCCAACGCUGGGGGGGCCUGGAGGCUCCUGCCACACGAGGUGCAGUGGGUGGUGCAAAGGUUGCCAUGCCAACCGGCCCUACUCCUCUGGAUAAAAGCCAACCUGGGAGUAACCAGCACCCUUUGUCCACUAAAGAAGAGGCCCGAGCAGGUGAGAAGGAAAAGCCACGAGCAGAAGACAGUGGCCUGGAUAGCGUAGCAGCUCGGACAGUAUCAGACCACAUGCCUGUGAAACAGGAGCCACUUCUGCCCUCGCCUUUUUUUUCCCAGCCUAAGCCAACCUGUAUGGUCCCCCCAAUAACCCACAGCCCUGUCAGCAACGAAAGUGUGGAAGAGGAGGAGGAAGAGGAGGAUAAGAAGGUGUGUCUACCAGGCUUUACAGGACUGGUGAACCUGGGUAACACCUGCUUUAUGAACAGUGUUAUCCAGUCUCUCUCCAACACCCGAGAGUUGCGGGACUACUUUCAUGAUCGCUCCUUCGAGUCUGAAAUUAAUUACAGUAAUCCACUGGGAACAGGGGGGCGCCUGGCCAUUGGCUUUGCGGUGCUGUUGCGGGCACUCUGGAAAGGUACACACCAUGCCUUCCAGCCUUCCAAGCUGAAGGCAAUUGUAGCCAGCAAGGCCAGCCAGUUUACAGGCUAUGCCCAACAUGAUGCCCAGGAGUUCAUGGCUUUUCUGCUGGAUGGACUCCACGAGGAUUUGAACCGGAUCCAGAACAAACCCUACACAGAAACGGUAGACUCAGAUGGACGGCCAGAUGAGGUUGUUGCAGAAGAGGCCUGGCAGCGGCACAAAAUGAGGAAUGACUCUUUCAUUGUCGACCUGUUCCAAGGCCAGUUCAAAUCCAAGCUGGUGUGCCCUGUAUGCUCUAAGGUAUCCAUCACUUUUGAUCCCUUCCUGUAUUUACCAGUCCCCCUACCCCAGAAGCAGAAAGUGCUGACGGUCUACUACUUUGCAAAGGAACCCCAUAAUAAACCUGUUAAGUUCUUAGUGAGCAUCAGCAAGGAGAAUUCUACUGCCAUGGAAGUGCUAGACUCCGUAUCCCAUAGUGUGCGAGUAAAUUCUGAGAACCUGCGUUUGGCUGAGGUGAUCAAGAAUCGCUUCCACCGUAUGUUCCUGCCUUCCCAGUCGCUGGAUGCCGUCUCUCCCACAGAUCUUCUGCUGUGCUUUGAGGUGCUCUCUCCAGAGCUGGCUAAGGAGAGGGUGGUGGAGCUGCAGGUCCAACAACGCCCUCAGGUGACCAGCAUCCCCAUCACCAAAUGUGCCGCCUGUCAGAAAAAGCAGCAGUCGGAGGAAGAGAAGCUGAAGCGCUGCACUCGGUGCUAUCGGGUUGGCUAUUGCAACGUAGUGUGUCAGAGAACGCACUGGUCCAGCCACAAGACCUUGUGCCGCCCUGAGAAUAUUGGCUUCCCCUUUCUUAUCAGCAUACCCGAGUCCCGCCUCACCUAUGCACGACUAGUUCAACUUUUGGAAGGCUACGCCAGGUACUCAGUCAGUGUGUUCCAACCACCUUUCCAGGUGGGUAGGGUGCCAUCCGAGCAAGGCCUGCCUCUUCUGUCUUCAGAAAAACAAGAUCCUCCUGUCAGGAACAGCUGUGCUACAGUUGGGUCUGCUGCUGUCACCACUACCAUUGAAACUAGCACUCUGGAACCUGGGGAGGGAGCAAGGGCCCCACACCUCUUGCAGGAGCCCCAGACGUCUCUCUCCGCCCCCGAGCUACAGCCUGAAUUAGGGGAUGCCAGCACAGCCAGAACCAAGGUCCCCACGGGGAGAAACUCAGACCUAAGCUUAGAUUCAGGCUACUCUGAGCCAUCUGCAGAAUCGCAGCUUGAGAGCUGUAUGGAACGGGAGCUACCCUACGAAAGAGUCCCCAGGCCAGAAGCUGCCAUUCUGGGUUACCAGCAUCCAGCCGAAGGGCUGAGUUCUCAAGUUACUCAGUUUUACAUCAAUAAAAUUGAUGCAACCAGCAAGGAGCAGAAACUAGAGGAUAAAGGAGAUGCUCCCCUAGACCUGACCAAUGACUGCUCUUUGGCCCUGGUGUGGAAAAAUAAUGAAAGGAUGAAGGAGUUUGUGUUGAUCAAGUCUAAGGAGCUGGAGUGUGUCGAGGAUCCAAGCUCUGCCAGCGAAGCAGCCAGGGCAGGACACUUCACCCUGGAACAGUGUCUCAAUCUCUUCACCAAGCCAGAGGUGUUGGCCCCUGAGGAGGCCUGGUACUGCCCAAAGUGUAAGCAGCACCGUGAGGCAUCCAAGCAGCUGAUGUUAUGGCGUCUGCCCAACAUCCUCAUCAUACAGCUCAAGCGCUUUUCCUUCCGCAGCUUUAUUUGGAGAGAUAAGAUCAAUGACAUGGUGGAUUUCCCAGUCAGGAGCUUGGACCUGAGCAAGUUCUGCAUUGGCCAGAAGGAUGAGCAGCAGUUGCCCAUGUAUGAUCUAUAUGCAGUGAUCAAUCACUACGGGGGCAUAAUUGGUGGGCACUACACAGCCUAUGCCCGGCUGCCUAGUGACAAGAACAGCCAACGUAGUGAUGUGGGUUGGAGGCUCUUUGACGACAGCACCGUGACCACGGUGGAUGAAAGCCAGGUCGUGACGCGAUAUGCUUACGUGCUCUUCUACCGCCGACGGAAUUCUCCUGUAGAUAGACCCCCUCGAGGACCCCCUCAUCCCUCAGACGCUCGAGCUGACUUGGCCCCCUCUGCAGAAACAGCAGCCAGUCAGGCUUCUCUGCUCUGGCAGGAACUGGAGGCUGAAGAGGAUGCUGCCAGAAGGCUGAUGAGGAACCCUUGGAGGUCUGGCAGCCAAAGGACAAGAAAACUCAGCCCAGAGUGUCCUGAUGAAGGCCAUGUCCGAUACUUUGUCCUGGGCACCAUGGCGGCCAUUGUGGCACUCUUCCUCAAUGUCUUCUACCCGCUCAUCUAUCAGACUCGCUGGAGGUAGCGGCAGUAGCAAGGCAACCAGAGGGCGGCAGCCAGCUUACUGCAGUGUUGUCCUCCAUGGCAUCUUUGUAGCAAAGUGGCUAGGAUGCCAAGUAGCACAAGAUGAAGCCCUAAUGUCAGUCCUACGGUGAAGGCGCCAGGCCCAAUGCCCUUUUCCUCCAGUUGAUUGAUUACAUGGAUUUACAGUCACAGGAAGCUCUCACUUCAGCAAUUAGAUAGUUGGUAUUUCUCUGGAAUAAUUCUUUCCUCAAUAGCUCUUGAAAACUAUGCCAAUCUGAAUCAAGGGCUAAGCAAAUGACUGUAGUUCAGUAGAGUCUGCAGAUCCAUAAAUAUUUUCUCCAUAAUGAUGUGAUAGUAAGAUUGACCUGACUGCCAUCUGCCCCGAUAGAAUUCCCCAAAUUUGGCUGACACCAAGAUCCCCCGAGACGGUUAUUGCAGGACUGAUCAUUUCCCCAGUUGGCCAUUGGCUCCUUGUUUGAAGGAAGUCAAAAGAUAUUUUUAAUGACCAUCUCUUCCUUUAUUGAGGGAGGGAGGAAGGAUGCAUUGUUGACUUUUCUAAACAUUGGUGGGUUAGAUUUCCUUACCAUGAUAUAACCAGAGAGUUCAGUCUCCCCUGUUUUUUAAAAAAGCAUAUUAGAUAUUUAGCUAGCUAUGCAAUUGUAUUUGGAUAUGAGUGUAAAGGAACACUGUUUUCUCCUCCUUCUCCUUCAUUACCUUGCAUUUUGCUUCUGUACAUACUUUUGUGGAUGCUUGCGUGCCUAUUUCUGUGCAUGCAUAAAGUAGAACUAAAAGUAAGGGGUUACUGUUGUUUGUAUUUUAAUCUGGCCCUGCAGUCUGAGAUAUAAAUGUCUCUUGUGCCUUCAGACUACCGGCUCAAAUAGCUUGAUCCCGGUCCUUGGCUUUAGCCAAGAGUCAAGAGUUGAGAACUCAUAAACCUAGAAUGAGUAUAAUUCUUUGUUUCAUCCUUUUGUUAUUUUUAUUAAUAUUAUUCAUAUGCAAUCUAAUUCUUAACAUCUUUACGUAUUCUUCCUAGCAGUAGUUUCAGAGAACCUUGCAGAUUCUUUGGGGAAGGAGAAAAGAUUUCAGGUUAACUGUUCCUGAUGGCCAGUAUUCUCGCUGUGUCCCAAGGAAUGAGCAGUAACUAACUAUAGCAAUGCCAACAAGCAGGAACUGGCCAGUACAUAGAUCUGGUGGGAACCUUUCCAUUUUGGAGAAGGGGAGCCCCUAAACUGUCCUCCACUGGCUUGGUGAACGAAAAGUUAGCAUUGUGCAGAGGAAAAACUUUCACUGUAUUUAUUUAUUGUAUUUAAUAAAAAUCAAGGUAUUCUAAA